AAUAUAUAAUUUUGGUUUCAAGAAACCGAGUAUUAGAAAGAGUAGUUUACAUGGGUUCCUUCAAAUUGAUAGUUACUUUUACUCUUGUUGUUAUGGCGGCCAUUUCAUGUGAUCUUUUCAAUGUUGAAACGGGGAUUUUUGUGCAAGCUGCGGCUCCGAAAUGUGGACCAGAUUGUAGUGAAAAAUUCUCAAAUCCAGACUGCCAUAAAUAUUGUGUAAAUUUGUCUUAUAAAAACGGUGUUUGCGUUCUAAACGAAGGACUUAUUUCUAAAAAGCCUACGUAUUGGUGUUGUUGUUUAAAUUUUUAAAU